GAUUAUGUCGCUUUGCUAUGUUUUUGAGGGGAGAAAAUUGUUUGCAUCCAUGAGCUAGCUAACUUUUUUUAUGACCAAGCGCUGUAAGUGUGCGAGACAACUUUACCAGCAUCAUAGCAUACGUAUAGAUGAAUCAUGACAUAUGAAAUACGAGUGAUAGUGUAAUCAAUGUGUAGUAACUACGUGAAAAUGUAUGAACGCGUUACAUUAGUAUGUGACGUACGUUCAUAUUAAGGUCCUGAUUGGUCAACACAUUUAUUUGACAAGUCAAAUAGUGUUAAAUAGUAUAUUUUUUGACACGGAAAGGCCCAAACGGCAUACCAUAUAAAUCGUGGUUGAGAAUGAAACGGAACAAAUUAACAAGGAAACGGCACGGCCAACAGGAACUUGAUCCAGACAGAGACUAGAGGGAAACAAGCCAGAACUCCAGUGGUUCCAUCCAGAGUUAGACCCACUGCAAAGGAACCAAAUGUUAUGGCCAGAAACGGCAGUCGCAAGAGGACACAGGCAGAGCACAUAAAGGGCUCAACAGAAAUGGACAUUUCACCGAUUAAGGCCUCUGAUCCCCGAGAAGAUGAGACCGACUUCAAGCAGGACAAAUUUGGGGGUCUUGGUGGAAUGUUUCAGAAAUUACAAAAAGAGCCAACCCCUACCUUUACAAGCUACAUGACAGAUAAUGAGACGCCUGAAGAGCCCACCCCAGAAAAGGAGCAGUCCUCUGAGAACACCAUGAAGAGGCCGAGUCAGGCCAAACAAGACAAAGGAGGACUGAUGGGAGGAAUGUUCCAGAAAGCAACUAAAGACAAACUCUCUUCUCCUUCACUGACGGACAAUCUCUCAGUUCACAGUGAGCUUUUAGCCAGCAACAACAGUCUCUCUGACAACAACAACAUCAAGGAGAAGGGAGGCAUCUUCAGUGGAAUGUUCAAGAAGUCUACCAAACCUGUGGAAGAACCACCUCAAACAGAAGAGGACCAGCAGUCACUACACAGUGAGCUCUCAGCCAGCAAUGACAGUCUCUCUGACAACAACAACCCUAAGGCAAAAGGAGGACUUUUCAGUGGAAUCCUCAAAAAAUCCCCCAAAGCUCCUCGAGAGGGCACACUUGCAGAGGCAUUACACGGUGAACAUUCAGGCAGCAAUGACAGUCUUUCUAAAAACAACAGUAAAGAGAAAGGAGGCAUAUUCAGUGGAAUGUUCAUAAAAUCCCACAAGCCUGCUGCUGAUGCUUCUCAACCUGAGGGAAAAAAGGGGCUAUUCAGUGGAAUCCUUAAAAAGACCCCCAAAUCAUCUGGAGAUGAAACACCUGCGCAGGACAAUCUUGCAACAUGCAGUGAGCUCUCAGUCAGCAACAACAGCCUUUCUGAUACCAACAACACCACGGAGAAAGGAAGUUUUUUCAGUGGAAUGUUCAAGAAAUCUCCUAUUCCUGCCGAUGAAGGCUCUCAACAAGAAGAGGAGAGAGGUACAUUCAGUGGAAUGUUCCAAAAAUCACCUAAACCUGCCGAUGAAGGCUGUCAACCAGAAGAGGACAAGCGGUCAUUACACAGUGAGCUCUCAGCCAGUAAUGACAGUCUCUCUGACAACAGCAACCCUAAGGUGAGACUGAACUGCACCUCAGCCACGCUCAAGGGUAAAGGUAUAUUCAGUGGAAUGUUCCAAAAGGCUCCUAAAACAGCUGAAGCCUCGCAACCAGAAGAGGAUUCAGAUUUGGGAACAGACUGUAAUGACAACCUCUCAGAAAGCAAGGAAAAAACAGGGAUUUUGGGACUCACUGGGAUUUUCAAAAGGUCUCCAAGACCAUCGCCAAAGCCAUCCCCACGCUUCACUGUUGAUAAGGACCCUCUCACUGAGUACAAGGAACUCUCCGCCAGCAAUGACAGCCUCUCAGACUUCACCACAAUAAAGGAAAAUCUCUCUGCACAAAGAGAACUCUCAGCCAGCAAUGGUAGUUUUUCCGACACUACAACCACCAGCAAAGAGAAAAAAGGAGGGUUUGCAGGAAUCUUCAGGAGAACUCCAAAACCUUUCGAGCAACAGGACAGUAUGGACACAGAACCACCUGUGAGAGGUAGUCAGCUGAAGCGCCGGAGGACAAUCAAGAAGAAGAGACGGGUUGUGUCAUUCCAAGUGAAAAGAACUCUCCCGAGGAUUCCAAAACGUACUGCUGCUCAGGACUCUGAUAAGGAGCCUAUCAUUGAGGAGGCUGUGGAGCUGCAAGGGCUGGCCCCACUGCAGGAGAGCACAGUGGAGAUCCAGCCUGUGGAGAUGGCAGCAUACCCCACUGAUGGAGUCAACCUUUUGGAGUCUGAAGAGGAGAGCGACGGCCUGCUGGACUGGUGGAGAUCAGUCGAAGGUUGGGAGCAAUGGAAUGAAACAUCCCAUUUCCAAGAGGAUGAAGCAGAUAUGGCGGUGGAGCAGGUGGCUGACCGUGUGUUCAUGGCGGCUCGGCUGUUUGUGCGUCUCUUCAACCAGCGGGGAGCGUCACUGCAGGGCCGUAUCCUGGAGCUGCUGGCCCAGGCCGACGCUGCCGACCAGUUCCACAAGAGGACGGUGACGGCCGCUGUAGGGGGUGGCGUGGCCAGCGUGUGUGGCAGUGUGGCCACCAUCACCGGCCUCAUCCUUGCCCCCUUCACCUUCGGAGCCUCCAUCAUCGUCACCGCUGUAGGUAUCUCCGUGGCGACCGCUGGAAGCAUCGCCUCGGCAACGGCCAACAUCACUGAUACAGUGCACUCCAACAUGGACUGUAAGAAAGUGGAGAAGAUGAUUCAGGGCUACCAGGAGGAGAUCAAGGACAUCAGGGAGUGUAUGGAGUUUGUACAGGAAGGUAUGGAAGCUCUGCAGGAGGGGAACUUUGAAAAGUACACUGAGAAUGCAACCAAGAAGGCUCUGAACCACAACAUUAAGCACGUGAUGAAGGAGGGGGGGCGGGCCGGAAAGAAACUGAUGAUCAACACAGACAAGCUCAUCAGCACCGUGCAGGUUCUAGGCGUGGCAGGGGGGGCCGCCAAAGCAGUUAAGGCCAUCAGCGUUACCACGGGCGUCAUGUCCGCUCUCUUCCUCGCACUUGACGUCUUCUUCCUCGCCAAGGAUUCCCAUGAGCUGCGCAAGGGCGCCAAGACAAAGUUCGCCUCCGAGAUCCGAGAGAUGUGCAAGGACCUGCAGAAUGGGCUACUGGAGCUGAACAAGGUGAAAACCCAGCUGCAGAAAACCAUGGAUGGGAUCGAGCUGGAAGAGUACGAGGAGGAGGAGGAAGUGGAGGUGGAAGUGGAUGAUGACCUGGAGUCAGACCCAGUUAAACUCGCUCAGCUGGAGCAAGAGCUGGACCAGUUAGAGGAGAAGUUGGACAACAAGGUCCAGGAGGAACAGAAAUGGAAUAAAAGCAAGGAGGAGGCAGCUAAGAGUGAGGAAAGGGAAAUGAAGGAGGAGAAGAAUAGUAAAAAGAAGGAUAGUAAUAAAGAGGAGGGAAAGAAGGCGAGACCUAAAAGUAAAACAAUUGAGUUGGGUGAGACUGAGAAAGUGGAGAUGGAGAAAGAGCGGAUGACUGAGAGGGGAGACACUAGUGGUAGUGUGAAAGGUGAUACUAGCAGCGUUCAGAAUAAAAAAGGGACAGAGAAAGGGAAAAAGAAAGAUAAAGGAAUGGAGAGUAGAAACACCAAUGAAAAGGGAAAUGUUGAGGGCAAAAAAGAGAAAAGAAAUGACAGAGGCUGUACGAAUGAGGAGGGUGAAGAAAAGGCAAGAGAGACUGAAAAACAAAGAGGUAGAGGCAAUAAAAAUGAGCUGGCUGAUACAAAGAAAGGGAUUUCAAAUGAAAAUGUAGAGUCUGAAAGGGGGAAGAGUGAAAGAUUGAAGGAACAAAAAGUAGCUGGAUGGGAGACUAAGAUGAGGGUGAGGGAAACUUCAGAAAGAGGAAAUGCAAGCAGACAUAGCAGCAAGACUGACAAUGAGCAAAUCCCGAAGAGGAGUCCGAGGGAGAGAGGCAGUAGAGAUGAAAUCCCAGCGAUUGCUCCAGGGAGAAGACGCAGUAAAGAUCUGAAGUGUGGGAGCAUAACUGAAAUGGGUGAGAUGGAGAGAACGAGUAAGACUGAAAGGGGUGGGGUAGAGAGGGGGAUUAGGAACUGGAGAGCAGAGAUGGAUAGGGGAAGUCAAGAUAAGCACAGUGUUGACUUAAAGGGAGACUCGGAGAGGGGGAAGACAAAAGAGGAAUCUGAGGUGAAAAGAACGAGUGGGGUUGAGAGAGGGACAGCUAAAGGGACCUCUGAGGAGGAAGGAGUGAUGGAGAGAAUGUCCAGGAGGGAGAACAAAGACAGGGAGUUGGGGUGUAAGAGGGAAAGAGCUGAGGAAAAGCGUGGGAGUAAGAUUGAGAAAAUGCAAAGAAAAUUUGAACGUGGUAGGGAGGGAAAGGAAGAUGAGGAGGUUCAUCAGAGUGAAAGGGACAGGAAGGAGGGUGAUGUUGAAAGGAAAAGGAGAGAUGGUGAUGCUGAGAAGAAGCCUCUCCGCCAAGGCGCUCAUCCACGCUCCAAAGCCAUCUGCCAAUUUUACAUCUGAUGCAUUAUUUAACUGAGUACUUAAAGAAGUAUUUUAAAAGGGAUUAACCUAGUGUUUGGUUUUAUAUUAUUUACUUGGGGACAAAUUGAGACAAAGACAGUCAUUGUGUUUUAAAUAUUUGAUAGAGCAAUGGAACUCAAAUGUGCAUUUUUAUACACGUUUUUCAUGACAAAGAGAUUUUUUUUAACUGUAAAGAUUGUUGUAUGAAAAUUAAUUUCUCGUGGACAGACAUACAUCAACAAUUGUCUGGAAGGAAUGGGAUGUAUGGAAUAACAAGCAGCAGAAGUCGCUUUGGAUAAAAGCGUCUGCUAAAUGGCAUAUAUAUAUAUAAGUUCCGUUUUUUUUUUGUCACUGGUUAUUUGGAGAAGUCACAAUUUCGCAGGUGUUAGCAUGUUUAGAGUUUCGGAAGUGAAGUGGACAUAUAACAGCCAUAACUUUCAAAUAUGGUGGAACUCCUUGUUCCGCUCCUCAUUCUAGCAUCUCUUCCACCUCUUCACUUAACAUGUGUGGACCUAGAAUUUAAUCGAGCACCUGACCAAAUGCUGGGGACUUUAGUUCUCGGUUAACCAACAUUAUAUGAACAAAUCGCUGUCCAAAAGCUGGUAGCAAUUCAUACAGAUGUCAAUUAACUCCAUAGGAAGAGUCGCACUGACUCAAAGCACUUUAUAGAGCAAUGGCUGCUGCUCAUUGGGCCGAUUCUGACCCGAAUUAAGCGCACAUAAAUGGAACGUAAUUACUUUUUUUUAUGCACUAUUCUCUCUAUGCGUAUUCUGACCUAAACUUAAGCAAGAGAAAAGCAUGGUAUUCACCCGCUAUUUGUUCGGGGUGGAGAUCUAAUAAAAUGGAGGUGUGGCAGAGGUGUGUUUAUAGAUCCUCCAUAUUCUGAUUUUGCCUUAAUUCCCUCAUAAUUCCACCACCUUUAUGCAAAGGAAAUCAUGAAUAAGGUUAGAACGAACCUGCCGGUUUCAAGUGGGAAAAGCAUCUACUUUAUUUUAUAUAUAUAUGGAGAAUGCUGUUAUUUAUUUAUAUAUAUAUAUAUAUAUAUAUAUAUAUAUAUAUAUAUAUAUAUAUAUAUAUAUAUAUAUAUAUAUAUAUAACAGCAUUCUCCAUGCACUGUAAUACAUACAUUGAUGAGAGCUAUAUAAGUGAGUAACCCGUUUGGAGAAAGGGAUUGCAAAUACACAUAGCAAUUGUUUUAGAUCAUUCAUCGUUAUGAUCCCUGGAGAAGAACGUGAAACCAGUCAUAUGGAAGAAAACUGAAAAUCAUAUCAACAUGACAUGUAUUGCGGCACCUUUUCCAACGUGAAGUAGGCUCUAAAGAGCUGUACCGUUAUUCUGAAUUUUAAUUGUGCGCCCUCAUAAUUUGCGUAGAUGAAAUUUGGAGAUCUAAGCUAUAGGCUUCUGUAGAGCUGAACCUGACGAUUUGAGGCAUGCGCUUUCAAAAUGUUUUACUGGUAUGCCCGGGCAUUUCUACGUUUUAUUUUACAAUUUGUAUCAUGUUAAAUAUGAUCCACUAUUGGGAACAACCACCAGUAAUACCCACAUACAACUGUCACUUUAAUGUUCGUUUUCUUCAAUUUGUAGCUUACAUUUUGCAUCAUUCCAUUCCGUUUACGUGUCUUUCCUCUGUCACGUCUGUGGAGUUGUUCCCGAGGGUCGCUAGCGUUAGUGGUUCAUAUUAGGCUAAUGUUGUGCAAUAAUUUGGGACAUGUAGCCUAUUUGAAUCAUUAUGGAACUCAGACCACACGUAGCAGGUUAAACCUGGAGCCUGGCACACGGUUCACGACGACUGGACCAGUCACACAGUUCCAUGAUGAGUGAGGAAUAGGAUAGAUAUAAUUAUUGUUCAUUCCUAAUUGUGCACUUUUCCCCACCUUACAAUAUUUAUUGGAUUGAAUAUGACAACUUUCAGGGUGUAUUUUUUUUAUUCAUAAAUGCAUUCUGUGCGUAAAUGUUCUCCAAACCUAUUUUUUAAAAUGAUUCAUACAUACUUUAACACAAAAAUGUGUUUAAAUAAUCCGAGUAUUUUUAAAUCUACCAGUUGGUGCUGAAACUGAGACUAAUAUGCAUAUAUUUAGAUGGCUUUCUUUUAUUGAUCUCUAUAUUCUGAACCCAUUCUCAAUGUAUUCUAGUCAGUCUGUUGACAGAAUUUGAAUUUUAAAAAAGGUACACAGUAUUUAAAAAGGGAUGGCUUAAAAUGAACGUAGGUUACUGAAAAUCCUGUUGAAAGAAAACUGACCAGGAAGUGAGAGGGAUUUCAGCAGUUGAAUUAUUAUUUGGACAAGUCACAAUUUCGCAGGUGUUAGCAUGUGAGUGAGCGAGAGAGAGGAGAGAGAGUGGAAGAAUGAAUCUGGUGAAAAUGUAGCCUAACAUGGAAUGUGAUUAUCACAAUACUGUGUGCAUGGCAACACAUGAUGUCAUGACACAUUAUUAUGAGGUAUAGUUAAGUUAUCAGUUGUGUGUCUGUCUCUGUGUUAUAUCUUUAUAGUGGCAGACACUUGAGCUAAUUCCAGACCAGCUGAUCAGCCUUCAAGGGGAACCCAUCUUUAGCUUUUGUCAGGUCACACACAAGUUUACAUACGUGUUGUAUAUUUGUGUUCACCAGCCCAAUCUAGUGACCACUAUCCUCUGGACUCAGCCAGCCUAAACGGAGAGGUAUACACAUCACUGGGACAUUGUUGAUUCUAGGGCUGUCCUGGACUAAUCUUGGUCGACCGAAAAGUCUGUUCUUUUGACCAAAUGUUUGUACAAUCAACUAUAUGCAUUGAGCUUGUCUGAUGCUUUAAAGUUACGGUUUGAUGAAAUAAGACACAAAUGACUCAAGAGGGAGACAGAGAUCAAGAUAACCAGAAGAAGAAAAACGUAACCUUAUGCAACCAUUCUCCUCCCGCUCCUGCUGGCUUUCGCAGAUAAUGCCAUUACUCUCCUGAAGUUGUCGGUAAUAGGCUACAAGAAGAGUCUGAAACUUUUCUCAUGUGGAAUUCAAAUUUAUCUUAACAUUUCUACCAAUCUGUGUGCCAGUUGUGGUUUUCAUAUGCACAUUUUCAUGAAAUAGUUUAAUUUCAUUUAUAACAGCCUAAUGCCGUUUAUAUCUCUAUCAGUGUGAUGUGAUUCAUCAAAAUUCUAUCCAAAUCUAAAUGAAAAUGAUAAACCUAAAAAGUAACUUCUAUUGUCAUUGUUAACUAUGUAAAAAUAGCCUACAUAAGGAGAAAAUAUCCUGAUGAAAAUAAAUAUCAUAAAUAUAUCAUAUUGGCUGCAACAAACUUGAAACAUUGUAUCAAGUAUUAACUUGGGUCUGCCCGAAACUCAAUAAAUGUAUCAAAUAUU